GAGGAGGCGGCGCCAAUUCUAGGCGUCUUCCUCCGUCACACCCGGCCCCGCAAACCCUAGCUCGCCCCGGCCCUGCCUCCGGCUCCGCCCAUCGCUGCCAUGUCGAAGCGGCCGAAGCUUGAGGGUUUCAGCAUCCCGCGGCCAACCUCCUACAACUUCGAGCGCUCUCAGCCCGUGCAGCGGCUCUACCGUCCGACCGAUGACCCGGACCUCGACGACAUCGCCUUCUCCGACGACGCUCCGUCAGAUGCCCCAGCCGGCACCGCGGUGGAUGGAAAGGCGGAGCAUGACGAGGAGAUCGACCCGCUCGACGCCUUCAUGGCGGAGAUCCAGGAGGAGAUCCGCGCGCCGCCCCCGCCGCCCAAGGCCGAGGCGCUUCGCCGCGCGGACUCCGGCGACGAUGAAGAUGACCCCGUUGAGAGCUUUCUGCGGGCCAAGAAGGAUGCCGGGCUCACGCUGGCCGCCGACGCCAUGCGCGCUGGUUAUGACUCCGACGAGGAGGUCUACGCCGCUGCCAAGGCCGUCGACGCCGGCAUGAUGGAGUACGACUCCGAUGACAAUCCUAUAGUCGUCGACAAGAAGACAAUAGAGCCCAUACCUGCACUCGAUCACUCGACCAUCGAGUAUGACACCUUCACCAAAGAUUUCUACGAGGAGAAGCCGUCGAUUUCAGGUAUGAGUGACCAAGAGGUAGCAGAUUAUAUGAAAAGUUUGGCAAUUCGGGUUUCUGGUUUUGAUGUGCCAAGGCCAAUAAAAAACUUUGAGGAUUGUGGGUUUCCUGUACCGCUGAUGAAUGCUAUUGCCAAGCAAGCCUAUCAAAAACCAACUACGAUUCAGUGCCAGGCUUUACCUAUUGUACUUUCAGGCAGAGAUAUCAUUGGUAUUGCAAAGACUGGUUCUGGCAAAACUGCAGCUUUUGUGCUCCCUAUGAUUGUUCAUAUUAUGGAUCAGCCUGAGCUUGAGAAAGAAGAAGGUCCAAUAGGAGUCAUUUGUGCUCCAACAAGAGAAUUGGCACAUCAGAUAUAUCUCGAAGCUAAGAAGUUUGCAAAGCCGUACAACCUUCGAGUUGCUGCUGUAUAUGGUGGUGUUUCCAAGUUUGACCAGUUUAAAGAACUGAAAGCAGGUUGUGAAGUAGUCAUUGCAACCCCAGGGAGAUUAAUAGACUUGCUGAAGAUGAAGGCAUUGAAGAUGUUUAGAGCAACUUAUCUGGUCCUUGAUGAAGCUGAUCGAAUGUUCGAUCUUGGAUUUGAGCCACAAAUACGAUCCAUUGUUGGUCAAAUUAGACCAGGUCGACAAACAUUACUUUUUUCUGCCACAAUGCCAUACAAAGUAGAGCGUUUGGCAAGAGAAAUAUUGACUGAUCCUAUUAGAGUUACAGUUGGUCAAGUUGGUGGUGCUAAUGAAGACAUUAAACAAGUUGUUAAUGUAAUCCCUUCUGAUGCUGAGAAAAUGCCUUGGCUUUUGGAGAAAUUACCUGGAAUGAUUGAUGAUGGAGAUGUUCUUGUAUUCGCUUCUAAGAAGGCUAGAGUGGAUGAGAUAGAGAGAGAGUUGAAUCAGAGAGGAUUCAGGAUUGCAGCACUUCAUGGUGACAAGGAUCAAGCUUCUCGUAUGGAGACCCUGCAGAAGUUCAAAUCUGGGACCUACCAUGUUCUGGUUGCAACUGAUGUUGCCGCACGAGGUCUUGACAUCAAAUCGAUUAAAACAGUUGUCAACUUUGAUAUCGCAAAAGAGAUGGAUAUGCAUAUUCACCGAAUUGGAAGAACUGGUCGUGCUGGUGACAAAGAUGGCACUGCAUACACUCUGAUUACUCAGAAGGAGGCACGCUUUGCCGGUGAACUGGUUCAAAGUUUGAUUGCUGCUGGCCAGGAUGUACCCAAUGAACUCAUGGAUCUGGCUAUGAAGGAUGUAAGAUUCAGAGCAAAACGGGACUCCAGGAAAGGUGGGAAGAAAGGUGGCAAAGGAAAAGGUGGCGUCGGUGGUGGUGCUGGGCGCGGUCGUGGUGUGCGUGGAGUUGAUUUUGGCCUCGGCAUAGGUUACAAUGCCGAAUCUGGUUCACAGGUGCCUGCUCCAAGAUCUGCUGCUAUAAAUUCGUUGAAGACAGGGGUGAUGCAACAAUUUAAGAGCAGCUUUGUGUCUGGAUCUUCAAACACGCCAAGCAGCAGUGCACCUUCCUUGGUAAGACCAGCACUACGUGGCUUUGUGUCUGGGGGCACCAUUGGAGGAGACACACGGCCUGCACAGCCUGCCCCCACUUUCGUAACUGCAUCCUGGCCAGCACAGGCUGCCCCCUCCGUCCCUGCAUCCCGCCCUGCUGCUGGAAAUAACAAUGAAAAUGGGAACCCAAAUCCCAAAAGUUCACGGGAUCGGCCCAGGGAGAGAAAACGACCAUCAGGUUGGGAUCGUUAGUCCCUGCUAACCGGUGUCUUGAAUUGCGACUCCUUUUCCUCUUUGUUACAUUGAUGUAGUCUCUUGGGGGACAUCCUAUAUAAAGCAUAUUGAUGUACACUGUAGAUUACAUGAUGUCAGGUUGUGAAUGGGAAGUGUUUUUAGUGAA